GAGGGGGCCAGGUAGGAGUGGGCCGCGUACACCUGGCGGGGGAGGGGCAGGUGUUCUAAGCCAGGCCAGCUGGUCCCUGUUUGCCCAUCCCUGGGCCCGCUGGGGCCCGUGUUUACAUUUCCCGGCUCGGGACCACGUCAGGCCCGUGGCGCCCCCCCCCCCCCCCCCCCGGGUGUGUCCCGAGGGGCCCCAGCGCCCCCUGAGCAGCGCCGGGGGAGGGGCUGCCCCUCACGUCUCUGCCCGGGCUGGGCCAGGACCCGGCGUGCUGACCCGCGGCCCCCCCUGAAUGGCCUUGGGUGCCACAAACCCCACAGGGUGUUUUCCCACUGAGCCACUGCUGGGGUCGGAGCCAGUGCCCGUCCCCACGGGGGAGCACGUUCGGGCCCUUCCUCCCCCUCCCCCACAGCAGCCAGCCCACAAGCACUUAUUGGGCACCCCUUGUUUGCCAGGCCCCGUGCUGAGGCAGUUCCCGCCCUCAGGGAGCUGCCGAUCUAAGGAGGGAAACGAGAGGAGGCCCUGACGUGGGGGGCAGGAGGUCAGGCUGCUCCUAGAAGCCCUUGGCCAGUGCCUGGCGUGCGGCGGGCGCCUGAUAAGUGUUUGUUCCGGUCCGUCCCUGCAGAGGGAGACGGAGGGGCAUCCUGGAAGCCCAGGGGGCGAGCGUGGGGGCCCCGGGCCGGGACCGGCCGCUCUGGCCGUGCCAGGAGAAAGCGAGCGAGGGCAUGGCUGGCAGGCAGAGGCUGACGGGGAGCCAGACCGGGGGCUCUGGGGAGGGUCCCAGAUCGGGCUGUCGGGGGAGGCGCAGCCCUGUAGGACAGGAGGUCCCGGUAGUCCCUGGGGGCACGAGAAGGACUUGCGGCAGGACCUGCCCGGGAAGAGCCCCCUCAUCUCGGCCCCCUCCUCAGAGUGCUCUUGUCUGGGCGUGGCCUCCGCCUCCCCACGGGUGAAGAAAAGGCCUCCUCCCUCCCAGGGCCGGGCAGCCUUUAUCUGGGACCUUCUGUCCCUGGCAGAUUAGCCCGGGGCCGCCCCUUUAUCUGCCCGCCCGGCAGCCCGGGAGCUACAGGACCCGCUCAGACAGAGGAGAGCGGAGCGGGGCGGCCCCAGGAUGGCAGGUGUCAAUGAGUUUGAUCUGCUGGUGAUCGGGGGCGGCUCCGGCGGCCUGGCCUGUGCCAAAGAAGCUGCCGACUUGGGAAAGAAGGUGGCGGUCAUGGACUACGUGGUCCCAUCCCCGAGAGGCACCAGCUGGGGCCUCGGGGGCACGUGUGUGAACGUGGGCUGCAUCCCCAAGAAGCUCAUGCACCACUCGGCCAACCUGGGGCACACGCUGCGAGACGCCCCUGCCUACGGCUGGCAGGUGGCCCCCUCGGUGCCCCAUAACUGGCAUCAGAUGGCGCAAGGGAUUCAGAACUACGUCAAGUCCCUGAACUGGGGCCACCGCGUGCAGCUGCAGGAGCGGAAAAUCAAAUACUUCAACAUCCAGGGCAGUUUUGUGAAUGAGCACACGGUGCACGGGGUCGACAAGUCCGGAAAGGAGACGAAAGUCACUGCUGACCACAUGGUCAUCGCCACAGGAGGGAGGCCACGCUACCCCGACGACGUGGAAGGGGCCAAGGAGUACGGGAUCAGCAGCGAUGACCUGUUCUGGCUCAAGGAGUCCCCAGGAAAAACGUUGGUGGUUGGAGCCAGCUAUGUGUCCCUGGAGUGCGCGGGGUUCCUCACGGGCUUUGGCUUGGACACCACCGUCAUGGUCAGAAGCAUCCCGCUGCGAGGCUUUGACCAGCAAAUGGCCCUGCUGGUGACCGACCACAUGGAGUCGCAGGGCACCAAGUUUUUGAAGCACUGCACCAUGAAGAAAUUGGAAAAGCUUCAGAAUAAUCAGCUAAAAGUCUACUGGAAUAACCACGAGGAGAACAAGGAGUGUUUGGAUGUGUUCGACACAGUCUUGUGGGCUGUGGGUCGCGUCCCAGAAACCAGAGGCCUGAAUCUGGAGAAGGUUGGAGUGAAGCUUCACCCGGACUCCCGGAAGAUCCUGGUGAACGCCAGCGACGAGACCUCGGUCAGCCACAUCUACGCCAUCGGGGACAUCACUGAGGGACGUCCCGAGCUGACACCCACGGCCAUAAUGGCGGGGAAGCUGCUGGCGCGGCGCCUGUUUGGUCGCUCCUCCGAGCUCAUGGACUACGAAAAUGUGCCCACCACGGUCUUCACACCCCUGGAAUAUGGUUGUGUGGGAUUGUCGGAAGAGGAGGCAGAGAAACGCCACGGGAAGGACGGCAUCGAGGUUUACCACGCGUAUUAUAGGCCUCUGGAGUUCACUGUGCCUGAAAGAGACGCUUCCCAGUGUUACAUCAAAAUGGUGUGCCUGCGGGAGAGAGAGCAGCGGAUCCUCGGGCUCCACUUCAUCGGCCCCAACGCCGGCGAAGUCAUUCAGGGAUUUGCUCUCGGAGUAAAGUGCGGGGCCACCUAUUCGCAGAUGAAGAAGACGCUCGGCAUCCACCCGACCAGCGCUGAGGAGGUGGUGAAGCUGUGGAUCACCAAGCGCUCGGGCCUGCCGGCCACCGUCACGGGCUGCUGAGGCUAGGCCGCCCUCCCUGGACGAGCCCCGGAGCACCAGCGACCCCGCCGCGCCCCGCAGCUUCCUCUGCCUCCGCGCCCCCCAUGCCCCAGAGUCCGUGCCCACGGGCGCCCGCAGCCUGGUACCUGGAGUGUUUUUCCAGCCCCGGAGCGUCCCGUCGCCCGCCUACCUGCGUCCACGACCGCAGUGGGAACGGAAGCGGGGCUUUGUUCGGCGGCUGAGACGUGGGCCCCGACAAGUGUGGACGGGACGGCCCCCGAGGGACGGCCUUCGGCCCCGCGCUCGCCCUCCGGGCCCCGGCGGGCAGAGCCGAGGGCGACGGGCCCGCCCUCCGGAGGCCGGCAGGCCGGGGGUCCUCGUCGGUGAGGAUCACGGCCCGUUCCCGCGGCAGAACCGGGAUCCGGCGCCGGCGUCGCCAAAGACAUUUUCUCUGAUCAGAGGAAGGAAGGCCGGGGAGCUCCCGCCCCGCCCGCCUCCCACUCGCUUCCUGGCCCGUCGCUGUGUGCUCCUCCAGGGAUGGCGCUCCGCCGGGGAACCGCCUGCGUGCCGCACACGCGGGACGGACGCCCGCGGCCCCUGUGUGUCCGAAUGCCAGAGCAUGACGAGCUGCGCAGAAACCCCCCGGGGCCGCGCAGGUCCGAGCUCCCCUGGCGUUCUUGUGUGUGUGACAGACCCUCCCCCCAAUAAAGAGGAUGUUUUAUUC